AAAGAGGAAAAGAGGAAGUACCGAGGUAGAAUCAAUCAGUCUUACACGCCAUGGCUUCACGUUUUGCCCUCCUCUUCCUCUUCCUCUCCUCCUUCCUCGUUGCGACGUCGUUCCGGUAUUCCUUCGCUGCCGAAGACGUCGCCGGGAACGACGAUCUUCUAAUCCGUCAAGUUGUUGACCACGGCGACGGCGGUGGCGCAGUCGACGAGAACUCGUUAGUAAACGCCGAUCAUCACUUCACUAUCUUCAAGAGGAAGUUCGGGAAGGUGUAUGCUACGCAGGAGGAGCAUGACUAUAGAUUCUCUGUAUUCAAGGCUAACCUACGCCGAGCGAGACGACACCAGAAGCUGGAUCCGGCCGCCGUCCAUGGCGUCACGCAGUUCUCCGAUCUCACGCCGCGAGAGUUCCGCCGCCAAUUCCUCGGCCUCAAUCGGAGGCUACGCCUUCCUUCCGACGCUCAUAAGGCGCCGAUUUUGCCAACAAAUGAUCUGCCGAUGGAUUUCGAUUGGAGAGAUCAUGGUGCGGUCACGCCGGUGAAGAAUCAGGGUUCUUGUGGAUCAUGCUGGUCGUUCAGCACAACAGGCGCAUUGGAGGGUGCCAACUUUCUGGCAACAGGGGAUCUGGUGAGCCUCAGCGAACAACAGCUUGUGGAUUGUGAUCAUGAGUGUGAUCCAGAAGAAAAAGAUUCAUGUGAUUCAGGCUGCAGUGGUGGACUGAUGAAUAGUGCUUUUGAAUACACGCUUAAAUCUGGUGGACUCAUGCGAGAAGAAGAUUAUCCAUACACCGGCACCGACCGUGGGGCUUGCAAAUUUGACAAGAACAAGAUUGCUGCAAAGGUAGCUAACUUCAGUGUUGUCUCCCUUGACGAGGAUCAGAUUGCAGCAAAUCUUGUCAAGAAUGGCCCUCUUGCUGUGGCUAUCAAUGCAGUUUUCAUGCAGACGUACAUUGGAGGUGUUUCAUGCCCAUUCAUAUGCUCGAAGCGGUUGGAUCAUGGUGUCUUAUUGGUCGGUUAUGGUGCGGCUUCCUAUGCUCCCAUUAGAUUAAAGGAGAAGCCGUACUGGAUUAUCAAGAACUCUUGGGGAGAAAACUGGGGGGAAAAUGGGUACUAUAAAAUCUGCCGGGGCCACAAUGUUUGUGGAGUGGACUCCAUGGUUUCAACUGUUGCAGCUGUUAGCACCUCACAGUAGGAUCCCGAUUGCAGUCAGUACUCUCACCUCACCCCUGUACAUAGAGGUGUUGCUGCAUUUAUUAUAAUUCACGAACUUGCCCAUUUUCUUCUUAAACGAUGUGCGACUAUUUAUGUUUGACAUUUCUUACUUAUAA